AUGUCUUCGAGUCCUACUAGUCAUUUUAUUAUUAUACCUAACCGUCCAAUUGUUCAGAAGAGUGGUAAAAUAAUAAAUCAAGGUCCAUUGAAACUUCAUUAUUGGGAAUGGAAAGGUCAUGAACCUACAAUACUUUUUUGUCAUGGUGCUUCAUUUCAUGGUCGAUGUUAUGAUCGUAUUAUAAGUGAAGCAUUACAUGAUUUUCAUGUAAUUGCUUUAGAUUUACGUGGUCAUGGUCAAUCACAAAUACAUCCUCCUCCUUAUCAUAUUCGAUGGCAUGGAGAAGAUGUUUUACAAUUCAUUGAAACACUCAAUCUUAAUAAAGAUAAUCUUAUUGGUAUUGGUCAUUCUGUGGGUGGAUAUGCUUUAACUUGUGCUGCAGCAAUAGCACCAAGGCGACUAUUUCAAGCAUUACUCUUAUUCGAUCCCGUUAUAUAUCCUCCUUCAAUGUAUUAA